CAGCAAUUGUUACAGAGCAUUUUUUUGUAAAUAAAUAUAAAGUUGAUAUUGAUGGCGGAUGAAGUAACUCAUGGUCACAAUCCACAACAAGAGGGUUCUAGGUUGGUAAGGAUCCAAGUUUUAUCGGGACAUAAUUUAGCAAAGAAAGAUAUUUUUGGUGCCAGCGAUCCUUAUGUGAGCGUGUCAUUGUACAAGCCUAAGCGAUCGGCGAGUGGAUCGUCAAAAACAAUCACCUGUGUCAACACAAAGACAAAGAAACGGACAUUGAAUCCAUCUUGGAACGAAAAGUUUUUGUUUCGUGUGGUUCCCCGUGAGAACAGGUUGUUGUUCGAAGUGUUUGAUGAAAAUAGACUGACACGCGAUGAUUUUCUCGGCCAAGUUGACAUUCCAAUAAAUGCUUCUUACAUUUCCAAUGAUGACGAGACCGGAACCCCCCACAGGGAAUUCCCCCUACGACCCCGAAGUUCCAAAUCAAGGGUCAAAGGUCAUUUGAGGUUAAAGUUGUCCUACGCAGAUCUUCCCUCGACCAACGAUAAUAACGAUGACUCGCCUAACGAGGGAGAUUGGGAAUUAGUUGAUGAAGAGACACGAGAAGGUCCCGUGUUGCCUGGAGGUUGGGAGGAAAGACAAGAUCAUCUCGGGAGGACGUAUUAUGUUCAUCAUGAAACAAGAAGAACGCAGUGGCAACGACCUGUUGUCCCCCCCAACCCUUCAACACCGGAAACCCCCUCCACUUCAUCGGAUAGUGAUGUCACAAUGGGCACGGCAGCCGCAGCCGAAUUGUUCCGACAGCGUCGACAUAUAAGCGAAGAUGUGACGGAACAACCAAGGUCGUCUCGUAAUGAGGAUCAUAGUUGGGAAGUGAUAUCGGAAACCUCAUCAACCGACCCUCCGACCCCACCUCCAUUACCAAGGUCACCAAGUCUACCUAGUCAAGCGGAGAUGACAUCAUCAAGCGUAACAACAGUAGACGGGGAACUCCCAGAUGGUUGGGAGGCGAGAGUCGACCCGAAGACAAAUCGGAAAUAUUUCGUUGAUCACGUGAAUAAAGUCACGUCAUGGCAUAAACCACGGAAUAUCACGCGAACCACAUCAUCCAGCGAACGCAAAUCAGCCACAAAUUCUUCGCAAUCAUCAAAAUAUCUUCCAGCGGGGUGGGAAAUGAAGACUGCCCCAAGUGGCCGAGUAUUUUUUAUUGAUCACAAUCGACAAGUAACGAGUUGGGACGACCCGAGGACGAAGCGACCACCAACAAGUCGGGGAAAUUUUAAAAACGCGAGCGAGAUCGGACCAUUGCCUGAUGGCUGGGAGGAACGGAUUCACACCGAUGGAAGGAUUUUUUACGUUGAUCAUAUCAACCACAAAACGCAAUGGGAGGACCCACGAUUACAAAACCCCGAAAUAACUGGCCCGGCCGUCCCUUACUCCAGAGAUUACAAACAAAAAUAUGAAUUCUUCAAAAGCAAACUUCAUAAAUCAGUUUCGCGCGACAUUCCAAAUCGUUUCGAGAUGAAAGUUGAUCGUCGAACUAUUUUGAAUGAUUCAUAUCGAGUGAUUAGUCGCGUUAAGAAACCAGAGUUCCUUAAGUCAAGGCUGUGGAUUGAAUUUAAUAAAGAGAAGGGGUUGGAUUAUGGGGGCGUGGCGAGGGAGUGGUUCUAUUUACUAUCGAAGGAAAUGUUUAAUCCAUAUUAUGGAUUGUUUGAAUAUUCUGCAACCGAUAAUUACACGUUACAAAUCAAUCCGAACUCUGGUAUGUGCAAUGAGGAUCAUUUUGAUUGGUUCCGAUUUAUCGGUCGCGUUGCAGGGAUGGCUGUUUACCACGGAAAGUUACUUGAUGCUUUCUUCAUUCGUCCGUUCUACAAGAUGAUGUUGGGGAAGCCGAUCACAUUGAGAGAUAUGGAGUCCGUGGACAGCGAGUAUUACAACUCGUUGAAAUGGAUCCUCGAAAACGACCCGACCGAUCUUGACCUUUGUUUCACGGUGGAUGAAGAAUUAUUUGGUCAAAUGAAAGUUAACGAACUGAAACCUGGAGGGGCGGAUAUCAAAGUUAACAACGAGAACAAACGAGAAUAUAUUCAGUUGGUUAUAAAGUGGAGGUUCGUAUCGCGAGUGCAAGAGCAAAUGAAGUCUUUCCUUCAGGGUUUCAAUGAACUUAUCCCAAGCAACCUGGUAAAAAUAUUUGAUGAAAAUGAAGUUGAAUUACUGAUGUGCGGGCUCGGCGAUGUCGAUGUCAAUGAUUGGAGAAGAAACACCAAUUAUAAAGGAGAUUACUCAGCGAAUCAUAUCGUUAUUCAGUGGUUUUGGAGGGCGGUGUUGUUAAUGGACCCGGAGCUUCGAGUUCGAUUCUUACAAUUCGUGACGGGGACCUCUCGAGUUCCGAUGAACGGGUUCGGAGAAUUGUGGGGGAGUAACGGACCCCAGUUAUUUACCAUCGAGAAGUGGGGAACCCCCGAGAAGCUGCCCCGAGCUCAUACAUGUUUCAACAGGCUGGAUUUGCCGCCGUAUAAAAGUUUUGAAGAGUUGAGGAAGAAGUUGUUGCUUGCGAUCGAAAGCACGCAGGGGUUCGAGGGGGUGGAUUAAUACUGACCUCGUGUGGUGGAUUAAUACUGACCUCUUGUGGUGGAUAUUUUUAGUGAUUAUUGUAAUAUUUACGACAGAAUUAAAUCCCCCCAUUAAUAUUGCUCAAGUAUUAACUAACAUGUUGCUUUCUAUAAAGAUAUGUUCCAUAUAUAUUGUGUAUUUGAUGUAUAUACCAAACAUUACUAAUUUGGUAAUCAACAAUUUGAAUGUUUGCAUCAAAACUAGAUUAAAAUUAAAGUAAUGAGAAAUAGAGUGUUUUAGUAUAAAUAGUAGGAUGAAAACGCAAUUGUUUGUUGCUGUUAAG